UAGCAGUCCGCCCGUGUCAGGCUUUGAGGUUGAAGUGUGUUUGCCCUCUGGCAACAAAGCUCAGAUCGAAGAAGAAAGGAAGAUUGAGCGUUCUGUGUUGAAUAAACGUUACGAAGCCUAAACUCAAAGUGUAUUAGUUGUUAUCAAGCAAAAUGAAAGUUAGUUUGACCAUCUUGCUGGGUUUGACAGUGCUAGCUAUAACUGCUGACGCUUCAAAGCUGAGAGACGACCAUCAUCACAAAGCUCACAAUCAUGAAAAACAUGACAAGUUUCUGUACCGUAAACACCUAUUCCUAGAGAAGGCAGAGAAGAAACAUCGUGCCCACAAGAUUCAUGGCCCCCACCAUCACAGUCACAUAAAGGAUGCCAAAUUAGUGCAUAACCAUGCUCCUCACUUCUUGACUCCCCAUGAGGCUAGAUUGCAGAGCCAUCUUUCGGCCGAUACUAAUAUUAAUAGAAACAGGAUGGACACUUGGGCAAAUAAAGACCUUCACCUUCAGCAUUUGACUUUCGAAGGAUCACAUAAUAUUAACCCCAAAGAACACCACCAACACGGGAAGGCUUUGGCAGACCACUUGAAAUCUGAAAAGGUUGUGUCUCAUCACGGCAGCAUUCAAGGGAUCCAUAACAAAGACCACCAGCAACAUCACCAUGGCAAUAAUAAUCAACAUCACCUUGACAACCUACACCACCGUAGCAACAGACCACACGUCCAUAGCAAUAGUCACCACGGGCACCAUGUUAACUUACACACCCCUAGCAACACCGAGCAAAGGCAUCACCCAACUCAUAGUAAUUAUCACAACAAGCCUCACCUCUACUCACACGAACUCACGGCUGGCCACCAAAAGAUGUCUUGGGGUAAGAAAGCCCACAGAAACAAGCCCAGAAAUCUAAAGAAGGCAUUUGAAAAGAAAAAGGCUUUGAAAACUUACACCAAAUUGAAGAAGCCUUUCGCAUAAAAACCUUCGUCAUUGCUCAGCUUUGGGGUUUUAUAUAUAUGUGUGUGUGUAUGUGUGUUUCAUGUAUUAAAUAUUUGUCCAAACUGUAGGUUUAGAAUAGACUGGUAGAAUUAUUGUCUCUUGUAGAAAAAUGAUACAAUUUACCAUCAGUUUUACGGUUGUUUUUCUCUUCCGACAGAGGUCUGGUAUAAGUUAUACGUGUCUUUGUUUCUUAUAUAACGGUCAUUUUACACGAUAGUUGUAAACAUUUUACGUUUUAGAAGCAGUGAAGUUACAAUUUAAGAUACUGUUAAUAGGAUGUCUACAUUUCUCAGAAAUUAAUUUUCAGCAACACUCAGCUUUUAGAAAAUAUAACUUUUUCGAAUAUUUGUAGCCUUCUAAAUUUGUUUUUUGUUUGUUUGAAUAUCUUUCCGAAGCUUCGUAGUUUUAAACGUAUAUUGUUAUAUCAUCAUAGCUCGAUUUAUUUAGACCUACGAAAUAUGAAAGAAACUUUUGAUUCAAUACAUGGUAGUUUUCUUUUUAGGCAUUUUUGUUCUUAGAAUAUUUUCCAAAAUCCUAACUUCGUUUAAUAUCACGUCUUUUCUAAACCACACUAUUAUGUUGAUAAUUACAGGUAAAAUAGUUCUUAAUUAUAUCAAAGAUUUGAUAGACGGUAUAUAUAUAAAAAACUAGAUAGAUAAUAUAUAUAUAUAUACAUAAUUAUCUGUAUCACUGCAGUAUUUAACACCUGAUAUUUCGAGAAAGGAAAGUAUAAGAGAAAAAAAAAGAUUAUAAAUUCCAGUUUAUUUAAACCAAAGCAAAAGUGCUUAAAGUGGUUUUGGCUUUAAAAGCGUACUUAGCAGAUAUUUCUGUGCUUAAGCAUGUGUUUUACAGUACCUAUUUGCUUUGCUUGAUAAUACCUGUUUAUUAUGCGUAUGGUUGACAAUUAAAACAUCAUUUAGUGUACCUAACAAUUAUAUUAAAUAUAUUUGUUCACAUAUAAUUACUGGAAGGUAGUUUUAGUUCGUUUUCUAGAGACUCGGCUUUUUGAAACUAUUUACUAACAAACUAAUCUCAUUUACAAUCGAACAGUAAUGAUUGUAGCUCUCUUCUGUUUAACGAGACUUUUCUGUUUGUGAAUGUUCAAUUAUUAGGCCGUCUUAAUGCUAGCAGAAAGAGGAAUCGGCUAUCAAGAUUUAGUAGUAGUAACAGCUAGUAACAAUAAAGUGAAAAUAAUUUCGUAUAAUUUUGGGAAUAUAUCUCUAAAAACGAGAGAGGAUUUUCUGCUGGCACCCAUGUAGCGGUUAAAUACCGCCACGCUUGUCUUUAAUCAAUAAAAUACCCUUGUUUAUUUGGUGUA